CACCUUCACAUCGAUCUCCUCUCUUUAGCAUCGCAUAUACGUAUGAGGCCUUUGAGAACUUCUGAAUCAGCCUAGGAGUUAAGGCAGGGAUGACCGUAGAAGCAAGCAAAAUGAACAGUAAACUGCGUACAACGAUUGUAACUCUCUGCGUCUUCCUAAGCUUGCACCUUCAAAACGUGUUCUCAGAUGGCGUGAACGUCAAUCCGUCGAGCUACCUUGCACCUCAGGUGAAGGUGCCGAACUACCACGUGAACGACAUUUGGAAGGCGCAUACGCACUUGCCGAAUUACCCGGAAAUCGAGGCCGCUGCUAGGGACACUUUCGUCGCCCUCCCGUCGAGCUAUGACACAAAAUACCGGAACCCCUGUUGCUCAUCUUGCCGCUCUCGUCCCCCAGCCGACUCGCACAGUACACCCCUCUCCCUAUCGGCUACAGGACACAAGAUGGCACGUCAAGGACCCCACUUUUGGGACGAGUCCGCGUACCCUGUUCGCGUGAAGCGGCCCGGUCGCUACGACGGCUCUUUUCCGGCUUACAUGAGUGUCUUCGACAAGGCGGCCGCGCGCAUCCAGGCCAACCAGGCCGCCAUUACGGGGGAGGCCUCCUCGAACACAUACACGGCUGUGUACUCACAUCUGCGAGGUCGCACAUUGGUGAAGCGAAUCAACUCCACGCUGUCCGAAUACCUGUGGGAAGCCACUCCCUGGGCUCGAUACAUCGUCAUGGUGGUCGUGGUUACGAUGCUGGUUGUGGUGGUGGCCCUUCAAUCAGGAGCUUUCGAGGGCGUUUGGGAACGACCCGCGGUGGUUAUGGGGGUACUGAAUACACCCCACCGUACGCACGUCAUGACGGGUGGACAGACCAGCAUGCGAAGAGGAGGGACGAGGGAAGGGGAGAGGAAAGGGAUUCUGCCAAUCGCCCAACACGUCCACAUCCAGCCUUGGCUCAGCACAUAA